AUGUCUGUCGUUUCGAUCCGCAUGGGAGGGGGUUGCAGCUAUGGGGUUGAUGUUGAUGAGUUUGGCUGCGCGUGUCAGAAAAUUUUAGCCACAGAGGAGGCUGAACGAAAGGGCCUAAUCGCUCCCACCGUUGAACCACCUGGCUGGGUGAUAGGAAAGGGUGGAACCCGGAGGAGGGGUAGAUUGUUUGAUGGGCAGGGGUUGGGCGUGAUGGAUGCACGUCUGACUCGAAGUGCUGGCUCUGGGGAGCAAGAACAGAGUUUUUGCGACAGCUUCGCACUGGAAAUAACGAGAAAGUGCUCGAAACUAGCCUUGUGUGUGAGGCAGCGGCCCGAGCAGGUGAUACUUUGGAUAAUGUGGUGA